UGUUCACUCAUCAAAGUUUCAAACUCAGCAAUCAUGGAAGAAGUAAAAACUUUAGCAGAGUUUGAUGCCUUCGAACACCCAAUGGAAUUGGAAUUGCGAGACGGAGAAGGAGGGGAAGAGGACAACGUCGGAGAUAACAACAGUAAAGAGGCUGAUGACGAAGACGAAGAUGAAGACGAAGAGGGGGAGGAAGAAGAAGAAGAAGAAGAUGGAAGCGGAGAGUAUAAAUUUCAAUUCGGAGCUGAAAUGGAUCCUUUGGCAUUCACCGAAGAGGACGCCUUUGGACGCCAGCCAUACCAGCAGUUUGAGCACCUCGAACACCAAUAUGAAGCUCUCGCUGCCAAAAAGCGGAAAGCUCAAGCCCUACCUCCUAGUGAGAUCCCAGCAAAGAAAUCUAGGCAAGAAGACCGUCAAGAAGAUGGUCCAGGAGCAAGCUAUGAUGAAAUAUUGGAAGCUAUGAAUUAUGGGAUGAGGAGAAAAUCAAGGAAGCUCAAGAAGAGAGGUCGGCGGAAGGGAUCAAAGAGUAAAGUUUGUUCAGAAUUGAAAAGAAAACUUGGUGAUGCCACUCUUCACUAUGCACAUGGCCGUUACGAAGAGGCCAAACUUGUGUUGCGUGAAGUCAUUCGUCUUUCGCCAAACCUUCCUGAUCCAUACCAUACACUUGGCCUGAUUUACAAUGCUAUGGGUGAUAAGAAGAGAGCUAUGAAUUUCUACAUGCUUGCAGCACAUCUGUCACCGAAGGAUGCAUCUCUAUGGAAUCUCCUGGUUGCUUGGUCCACAGAGCAGGGAGAUAGGAAACAGACCCGCUAUUGCCUUUCCAAAGCAAUAAAAGCAGACCCUGAAGACCUUAGUCUUAGGUUUCACAGGGCUUCAAUAUAUAUUGAACUUGGAGAUUAUCAAAAAGCUGCAGAGCAGUACGAACAAAUUGCUCGUCUACGCCCUAAUGACAUUGAAGUACUUAAGACAGCUGUUCAGUUUUACAGCAAAUGUGGCAAACAUGAGUGCUCUGUUGGUAUCCUCGAAGACUACCUGAAAAAUCAUCCAACUGAAGCUGAUUUAAGUGUGAUACAUCUGUUAGCUGUGAUACACAUGGAAGACAAUGCACAUUUAAAAGCUCUUGAUCUAAUUGAGUGGGCAAAGCAGAGAUAUUUUACUGGGAAACAGAUGCCUCUUAAUUUAAAUAUCAAAGCUGGAAUAUGUCAUUUACAUCUUGGCCAUAUAGAGGAGGCAGAGAUUAUUUUCCGUGCUGUACAAUCUGAAAAUGCAUCUCAACAUCCUGACAUAGUCACUGAGGUCGCGGACUCCCUUAUGACACUUGAAUACUAUGAAUCAGCUUUGAAGUACUAUAUGAUGAUUGUUGGAGAUGACAACAAGAAUAAAGGCUAUUUGCACUUGAGAAUUGCCGAGUGUUAUGUAUUUUUGAGGGAAAGAGUACAAGCAAUUGAGUACUUCUAUAAAGCUGUAAAUGAACUUGAGGAUAGUGUUGAUGCUCGAUUAACUUUAUCAUCGAUCCUCCUUGAAGAUGGCAAAGAUGAUGAAGCAGUUUCUGUGCUUUCCCCUCCCAAAGAAUCAGAGCUCUGUGGUUCAUUUCCAGAAUCUUCAGGUGACUCAAGUUCUGGUACACCAAAAUCUUGGUGGCUUAGUAGCAAGAUAAAGCUGAAGCUUUGCCAAAUUUAUAGAGCUAAAGGGUCACUAGAGGCUUGUGUUGAUGUUAUUUUUCCUUUGAUUCGUGAGACAUUGUUUCUUAAGUCUGUCCAACCGAAGGUCAAAGUGCGGAGAAGGCUAUCUAAAAGUGUUCUAAAUCAAAGAAUCAAGGUUGUGGACGAUCACCAAACAGAUACCAUCUUUCAUGGCUUUAAGCCUGUAGCUUUGGCAUCUGAUCUGUCAAAAGCUGCAAGAGCAAAAAAAUUGCUUCGGAAGAAAGAAAUGUUAAAGGAAGCAAAAAAAGCUGCAGCUUUGGCUGCUGGAGCUGACUGGAAAAGUGACGAUUCGGACAGUGAGUUUCCUGAGGAGCACGUAUACCGAGAGCCUCCACUACCAGAUCUUCUAAAAGACGAGGAACACCUGUGCCUUAUUGUAGAUCUCUGCAAGGCUUUAAUAUCCUUGCAAAGGUAUUGGGAUGCACUUGAGAUCAUUAAUCUGUGUCUAAAAUUGGCAUCCAGCACAUUGUCUGUUGAGAAAAAAGGGGAGCUGCAAGCUUUAGGAGCUCAAGUAGGAUAUAACAUUGCUGAUCCCAUCCAUGGGUUUGAUUGUGCACGUUCCAUUGUCGGUCAGCAUCCUUACAGCUUUGCAGCAUGGAAUUGCUACUACAAAGUAAUAUCAAGACUAGAUAAUCGACAUUCGAAACAUAGCAAGUUCUUGAGCCAUAUGCGUGCCAAACACAAAGAUUGUAUACCACCAAUUAUUAUUGCUGGUCAUCAGUUUACCACGAUCAGCCAUCAUCAAGAUGCGGCUAGAGAGUAUUUAGAAGCUUAUAAGCUGAUGCCAGAUAAUCAGUUGAUAAAUCUCUGUGUCGGAAGUGCUAUAGUAAAUGUAGCUCUUGGAUUCAGACUUCUGAACAAGCAUCAGUGUGUACUACAGGGAAUGGCUUUCCUGCAUAAUAAUUUGAGGCUUUCAGGAAACAGUCAGGAAGCACUGUUUAAUUUUGGUCGAGCUUGUCAUCAUGUUGGUCUUGUUUCUGAAGCUGCCAUAUAUUAUCAAAGGGUACUUGACACUCACGAAGACGAUUGUCCCAUCCCAAAGCUUCCUAAUGAGAACCUAGAUCCCGUGGAAAAUAGAAAACCAGGUUACUGUGAUCUACGCAGAGAAGCAGCAUACAAUCUGCACUUGAUUUACAAAAAUAGUGGAGCACAUGAUCUGGCAAGACAGAUACUGAAAGAUUACUGUACUGUAUGACAAUGACAAUAUGUGCGCUAUAAGGACAAGAUAGAUGUACACAGAUUUUAUCCCUACCUUUGUGGAGGAGAGAGAUUGUUUCUGAAACAAGUGUAAUACAAACUUUGUUAUAAUAAUUCGCUCUUGUCUG